AAUGACACUCACGCUUCUUCUUCGACAGCGCGUACUUAAAAUUCCUUCUCUGAUAGCUGCAGCCAGAAGGUUUAACAGCAGUCUUGUCGAGACUGAACAAGAUGGAGAGAUCUUCCUUGUAUCGAUUGCACGACCCGAGAAGCGCAACGCGGUUGAUGCAGAGACCGCGAAAGAGCUCGCAGACGCGUUCAGACAUUUCGAGAUCGACCAUGAAAGUUCAGUGGCUGUGUUGUAUGGGAAAGGAGAUACGUUUUGUGCAGGAUAUGAUCUAGAAUAUCUAUCUACCAGGGGUCCUGAUGAGUUCCUGAGAUGGCUCACCCCCCCUGGAGAAGGAGACGGUCCCAUGGGCCCAACUCGAUUGAAACUCACUAAACCAGUGAUUGGUGCCAUUGAGGGACAUGCAGUUGCAGGAGGAAUGGAGUUGGCACUGAUGUGUGAUCUCAGAGUUGUUGCAGAAGAUGCAGUCAUGGGAAUGUUCAACAGAAGAUUUGGUGUGCCUACAGUGGAUGGAGGUACAGUGCGGUUACCAUACAUUGUUGGUCUUUCACGCGCGUUAGACCUGAUCAUGACAGGCCGUGCUGUACAUGCAACAGAAGCUCUUAGCAUUGGCCUUGCUAACAGAGUUGUUCCCAAAGGAGAAACAGUUGAAGAAGCUCUCAAACUUGCAAAAAUGUUGGUUCGCUUUCCAAGAGAGGCACUGUGUGCAGACCGCAAAUCUGUUUUCUAUGCCACAUUCAAUGCAGAUUCCUUUUACGAUGCUCUGACAUAUGAAUACUCCAAAGGAGUGAAACUGCAAAUCAUGAAGGAUUCCAUUGAGGGAGCAAAGCAGUUUUUACAGGGGAAAGGCCGUAAGGGUUCGUUUGAUGACUACUUGGAUUAAAAUUGAUUUUACACAUUACUUUUACACAUCAAUUUAAGAACAAAGUGCUAAGUAUUGAAAAUGAAUUAAAGCUAGCUAACUUCAAAACAUCAUCAUAUUUUACCCUUUAACUCCCAGAAGUAAUUAACAUAAAAUUUCUCCCAACAAUAUCCAUACAUUAUUCAGCAAACAGGUAAUGAGAAUAUUCAAACUUAUCAGGUAGAAGCUGCUAUCUUGAUCUAGCACCAAGUUAUCAUAACUAAUUUACAAGGAAAUGUGUAGCAGCUAGAGGGGAGAAUUAACAAUCAGAUCUUGGGAGUUAAAGGGUUAAAUUAAAUUUAUUUUCAGUGAGAUGAAGACUUCUACGUCAAAAGAGAUGUUUUACGGGUAAAAUUUAAAAGACUGAAAUGUAAGCAUUUCCUUUGUUUGUGUUGUAUUUAUUAGGUUUUACAGUAUGUUUAUUUAACCCUGUGACUCCCAGACCAAAUUUGUAAUUCUCCUUACUGUCAACCAUAAAAUUAUUUUAAUAUUAGUUCAGAGAAUUUAGAAUUGGAUCAACUAAUUAUCCCCAAAUUGAUAUUUUUCUUUAUUCUCAUCACUUAUCUGGUUGAUAUUGUAUUGAUGUUGUAAAUAGAAAUUCUGUCUUGGUCACUCAUGGGAGUUAAAGUGUUAAAGUAGAAGCCUUUUGUUUAGUUUCUUGAUUGCUAAUCUCAUCCCAUGAUUCAUUGCAAACUGGCUGUUGUGUGUGUUGAUGCAUUAACCCUUUACACACUAACAUCAGUAUGCAUAUUCUCCAUACUAUUCUCAUACAUUUCCUAAGGUGCUGACAAGGAGAAUUUGUUUAACAAUCAAGAACUUGUUUGGAUUGUGAUCAGGGGUGAUAUUUUAAGGAGAAAUUAGAUGCCACUCACUGUUGGGGUCAGGAUUAACUAAGGGAAAAUGAUUGCUUUCAUUUGAUGUGUUAUUUUUAAAAGGCCAUUUGCAACAGUACUCCAAAAAGUGCUUCUUUUAUUGUUUGAUGUUUGAAAUUCCUGAUUCGGUGUAUAAAGAGCUUGUACAUUGAGGGACAAAAAAAAACAUCAUUCUCUAAUUAUUUUACAGUUCUUAAAGUAGGCAGAGGUCAUAAAAUGAUUAAAAGAACUCUUCGAAUUACCAAUUUCACCAGUACCCUCUGUGUCUGAAAAGACAAAUCACCAUAACAAUACAAUUUUUCAUAACAACAAACUUGCCGACGUGUGAAAAAUUCGUCAAUAUUUCCAUUUUCUUUUAUUCCUGGGGCG